AUGAUAAAAUAUCUCAAUAUCCUUACUCUAAGGGGUUUUUUUGAGACUCAAAGCGCUGUAUUAGAAAACUUGAACAAAAGCAUAAAAGAAAAACUGGACCAAUGUUGUGUGAAUACUAAUGCGGGCAAUGGCAUAAACAGAACAUACAGAUAUGUUCUUAAUUCAGGAAACACUCCUCGAUCAAUAAAGAAUACCAAAAUUAUUAGGUUAUCUACAGAAGUCCUCCUGGUUUAUCAAAACGGCGAAUAUACUAGCUGUAAUAAACUUCGAAAUCUUAUUUAUAAAAAAGUAAACCCAUCGCAACUUAACAUUGGUGUAGCAAGAAUAAGAAAUAUUGCAAGAAGCGGACUUGCGAUUGAACUUGAUAAACAAGAAGAUGUAGUUAAGCUAAAACAAUAUAUUGACCUUAAUAUUCUAGAGAUAAAUGCUAGAGUUCCUAAAAAGCUAUUACCACAAAUCAUCGUGUACUCGGCACCUGCACACAUUAAUCGCGAGGAAAUACCUAUGCUAAUUUUAAGCCAAAAUGAAACUUUCAACGAAUUCCUUUCUAAAGAAGACUUUAAUAGGGAAUUUACCAUUAAAUUUUUUAUGGGAAAGAAGACUGAUGCAUUUGUUAACUGGGUCAUUGAUGUCUCACCUCGCCUUCGUGAACUCUUUCUACGACUGGGCAAACUUAAUUUGGCAUUAUCCCGCUGCAGAGUUGCAGACUUCCAUCCUAUUUUGCAAUGUUUUCGUUGUCUUAGAUACGGUCACUCCACCAAAAACUGCAGCAAGACUACUCCUACCUGUAGCCAUUGCUCGGGUGAGCAUUCUUAUAGAGAAUGUAAAAAUCUGGAAUCGUCCCCUAUUUGCUGCAAUUGUAAACAUAGUAAGGAUGGCUGCUUCAAUCAUAAUGCUCGUGAUGGCACAUGCCCUCUUUUCCGUAAAAUCAAAACCAACCUGAUCAACCGCACUGAUUAUGGUUCGUCACAUCAAUAA